UAUCGAUAGCACCAUAAACACGUGCACAGUCUGCCGUGUUUUGUUUUAGUUUGUGUAUUCUAAAUAGCGACAAAAACAUGGUUAGAGUAUAUACAACUGCGGUCGAUGAUUCUGACUCUCCGAGCAGUAAUACUUCAAGUCCCACAGUAAAACCAAGGGCUGAAUCUAAGUUCAAAGCCGAACCGACGCCCGAAUCAUCUGCGGUCGAUGAUCCUGACCUUCCGGAUAGUAAUGCUUCAAGUCUCGAAAUACAACCAGAGGCUGAGCCUAUAGCCAAACCCGAACCUGAACCCGAAUCCAAAGCCAAACCCAAACCCAAACCAAAAUCCAAAAAGGUGGUGAAACCCGAAUCAAAAAUACCCCGCGGUCAGCCAAAAUCCAAUCGACCCUGGAAGACACCCAAGCAGAAAUUCAGCAGCAUUAAGAAAACAGUAAAUCGCUUAUCAUUUGAGAAGAAAGUCGCCCUGCGGAAUGAAAUGCGUUACAUCAAAGAGAAGUCCAAGGAGAUCAAGGAUCAGCGAAAGGAAGCUGCUGUACAGCGUCAUCAGCGACGCGUCGAGAAUGCCGAGCGACGUUUGGCCAACGAGCGACGAUCAGAGGUCGUGCAAGUGAUCAAGAAUCCUGCUAAGCUGAAGCGCAUGAAGAAGAAGCAGAUGCGCAUGAUCGAGAAGCGUGAUCUUAGUCAAGUGAAGGUGGUGUAAACAUCAAAUAUAUAAAUAUUAGAUUAUAGGUUAAAAUGUACUUUUCAUAAAUAAAUCUAGUUUUAUA